AUGGAGUGCGAGGCGGCGGGCGGCAGCGGCGUGCACAGCGCCGACUGCCAGCAGAUGCCGGUCCACGGCAGGCAGCCAGGCGCGCCGCGGCCUGGCGGUCCUGGCGUGGCCCUCGGCUCGUUCGCGUUGAAGCUCCGCGGACUGCUGGCCACCAAGGGUCCGCUGGGCCUCGCGGCCGUGCCAGGCGCCUGGGACGCGGAGUUUGGCGCGGGCUGCUGGGUGGCGGAGCGUCCCGUGAGGCAGGUGCACAAGGCCUGCUCGCCGCCAUACGGCGAUGGCACGGAGGUGGUGGACGGUAGCGUACACCUCGUGGAAGAAUUGCCCGACCAGGGCCCCACCACGGAGGCGCGGGCCGCCGCCGCGGAGGUGGCGGCGCUGCCAGACGGGACGCGGGAGCUAGUGGCCAUGGAGUUCAGCGCCUGCGCGCGGGGCCGGCAAGUUGGCGUUGCCUUCGCACGGGCGGCUGACUACUGGCAGUGCCGCUUGGAGCUCCCUAGGGAGGUGCCCACCGAGGAUGGCCUUGGCGCCGCCGCCCGCUCUGCGUCCCGCGACGGGGAAGCGCCUGCAGCGCCGGGGUCCGCGUCCGCCAGCCAGGAGGCGGUAAAGGCCGUUGGCUUUGGUGAGGCCUCGGAGGACGCACUGCUCGCGGCCCGGGCGCGUUUGCUGGAGCUUUUGGGGCGCUGGGGCGGCGCUGGCGACCCGCGCCUAGCGCGGCUGUUGGACGGCCGACGGGCGUUGCGGCGGGUGCUUGCGGCGCUUGAAGAAUUCCUCCCGCGGCGCGGUGCGCAUGAGGGGCCGAGCGCACUGCAGGGCGAAGAGGUGGAGGCGGCACCAGCAGCUCCAGAGGCGGGCCCAGCGCAGGUUUUGCAGCUCAUUGACGAACUGCUCGCGCACCUCUGCGCGCUGCUGCGCGAGCCUCCGCCUUGCCGAGCCGCCUGCUGGGCGCUGGUCGCCAGCUCCUGGCCUCACUUGCUCUGGACGCAGGAUCACGGGCGCCUCCACAGCUUCGUCGCGACGAUGUGGGGCUCGCCGCUCCGCAUGCCGUUCCGGACCUGGUCGCGGAUGGCAGAGCAUGCCACUUGGCAUGUGCGGUUCCCCGCGCUUGAGCUGCUGGAAGGGGCGCCGUUGGCCGACGAGGGCACCGCGGCAGGCUAUGCAGCCCAUCACCUGUACAGCUUGCUGCUGGAGCAGCGCGCGCAACUCCUGCAGGAGUGCGACAGGGGCUCCGCGAGCUGCGGGGUCGCGGCGCGCUGGGAGCCCCGCGAGGAGGGCUGGUCCUGCUCCAUCGAUGCAGGUGCGCUGGCCUCGCUGCCAGGAGGCGGCAGGGGCAUUGCGCUCUUGGUGACGAGCCCUCUAAGCGCUGCUGGCGACGGCGCGGUCUGCGAGCUGACAGACGACGGCCGCGCGCUCGCGCGCGGCGUGCCUGGCCUUGCCGCACUCGUGUCCCUGCUGUGCUCGCCGACGGCGUCGGUCACGGCUCUACAGUGCCACGCCACGGUGCACGCGAGGCAGGUGGAGGCGCUCCGAGCUGUGAUUGCCGAGCACGGCAGCCCCUUCGACGCCGCCAUGCGCCGCCUGUUGGUGACCUCCUGGCGGCCAGAGCCUGACAGUGGCUCGCUGACUGCCGCCGCUGAGCUCGGCAGCGGCCGCCCGGGGGGCGACACGGGACUUCCGGAGGAUGCCCGUGACGGUGGCACAGAGGACGCCGCGCGGCUGUCCACCCUCACCAGCGCACAGCGGGAGGCUGUGCAGAACGCGUUAUCGCGACGCCUCAGCCUGGUGCGGGGCCCGCCUGGCACAGGCAAGACCCAGGUGGCUGCGGCCAUCGUGGCUCGUGCAGUGGCCAGGCUCGAGGCGGGCUCGCGCGUGCUGGCCGUGACGCAGUCAAACGCUGCGGCUCGCAACCUCCACCGCCGACUGGAGAUGUUCGGCGUGAGAGCUGCCCGCGUGGGCAUGGCUUUGCAGGCGACGGAGGUGACGGAGCAGGAGCUGUUCGCGGCAGUGCGGGACAAUGACCGGCAGGACGCAGACGUCGAGUUGAUGCAGAGGGCAUCCGAGGUCGAGGGCCGGCCGCAGGCGCUCGCUGAUGGAGACCAGCGCGACGACGCGCAGAGCCCGCGGGGCACGUCCACGGUCGCGUCCAUCCGCUGGAGCGAGGUGGCGUCGAGGAUUGGCGUCACCCCUGGUGCGCUGAACACCGCACUCUUUACCGUGAUGCAGCGACUCGCGAGGCGUGCAGAUGCGGUGGUCAUGACGUGCGCCACCUCGGGCAACAAGGGGCUGCUGCGCUGCCUGGGGCCCCUGCCGCUGCUGGUGCUCGACGAGGCGGCGCAGUGCGUGGAGCCAGCGCUGCUCGUGCCUCUGAGCCUCGGUUGCCGGGCCCUGGCGGCGGUUGGUGACGAGAAGCAGCUGCCCGCGACGGUGCUCGAUCGCGUCGCGGCGGACCGAGGACUCGGCUGCUCGUUCUUCGAGAGGUGCGUGUCGGAUGGACUUGUGGGGCCCUCGGGCGGCUUCGUGCAGCUGGAUGAGCAGCGGCGCAUGCACCCGUCGAUCGCCGAGUUUCCCUCGCGCUGCUUCUACGACGGGGGCGUACUCGACGCCAUGGCUGUCACCGAGGUCGGGAGCCGGCCGCCACCGCCAGGCUUCCCGUGGCCUUCGGCGGCUUGCCAGGUUUGUUUCGUGGACUGCGACGGGAGAGGCCACGCCGAGGACGCCGGACGGAGCCGCGCGAAUUCCUACGAGGCCGAGACGCUGGUGCGGGUCCUCAAGGGUUUCCUUGCGGCUGGCACAGCUGCCGCAGACAUUGCGGUCAUUGCCGGCUACUCCGCGCAGCGAGCGCUGCUGCAGUCCCUGGUCUCGCGGAGGCUGGGCAGCCAGGCUCAGGGCCUGAAGGUCGGCACGGUCGAUGGCUUCCAGGGCGCAGAGCGUGACCUCGUACUGGUGUCCACUGUGCGCUCGAACGCUGGCCGCGAGGUGGGCUUCCUGCGCGACCGGCGCCGGGUCAACGUGGCCCCGAUCCUCACCCGCGCUCGCCGGGGGCUGGUCGUCUUCGGAAGCGCCAGCACGCUCGAGGGCGAGGCCCUCACCUGGCGCCCGUGGCUGGACUGGGCGCGUGGCCGCGGGGCGGUGCUGAGCGCAGCUGCGGCGCUGCCGCAGCCCACGGCCGCGGCCCCGGCCACGGCAGCGCCGGCGGCGCCGGUGGUGCCGAAGGCCGGGUCGCAGGCCGAGGACUGCGAGCCGGGCUGGACGCUGCUGCGGGAGGAGGUGCGGCUCCUCGACGAGGAGCUGGCCCAGGAGCGGGCGCAGGACGAGGAGCUCGAGGCGCCUGCCCCGCGGGAGCCCUCGGACGCGGGAGGGUGGACGCAGUACGUGGACCCCGUGAGCGGAAGGCAGUGGAUGUGGAACGAGGCCACGAAGGACGCCGUCUGGCUGUGA